CUGCACCAAGUGCAAAAUGCCAGUCCUGUUUCUCUUGCUAGUUAAUAGUAGAGAAAUUUCUUGACAGAAAUCAAGGGACUUGGGGAACUCCUAGGCAGAGGAGUACAAUAUAAAUGCAGGAAUAAGAAUAACUAAAAUAUUCAGAAAAUGUGUGUUUUCUGGAAACUGAAGAAGUUGUGGUCUCUAGUUAGACAGUACCAGCUUCAGAAUGAAUUUCUGAUGACCGUGAAGAGAAAUGCUCUCACAUCUGUUGUCAUGGCUUGCAUAGUAUGGAAAUUAUAUAUUACUGUACAAGAGGUUUCUGGUCCUGAUUAAAAAAGCUGAAAUGCUUUCAGACUAGAUAAGUAGAGUGGUAACUCCUUUGCUCUUUUUUUCCUUCUACAGGAUAAAGGUUCUAGAGAGGCUUUCUUGAUGAUGGCAACACAAGACAUGAGCAUGCAUAUGGAGGAGGUUGUCGUGGUAACAACUCCAGAUAAUGUGGUCGACGGCAGUGGUGUGGAGGAAGUGAAGACUGUCCUAGUCACCACCAAUUUGUCCCAGCAUGGGAGUGACCUCAAUGAAGACACCCUGGAGACAGAAAAUGCAGCUGCUGCAGCAGCUGCAGCUUUUACAGCCUCUGCACAUUUGAAAGAAGCCCUUUUAGUGAAGAUGGCCGAAGGAGAUGAGUGUGUGGAAGCUGAGGUGGUGUAUCCCAUCACAUGUGGUGACAGCAAAGCCAACCUCAUAUGGCGGAAGUUUGUUUGCCCUGGCAUCAAUGUGAAAUGCGUGCAGUACGACAAUCAUUUGAUAAGCCCUAAGGAAUUUGUCCAUUUGGCGGGCAAGUCUACCUUGAAGGACUGGAAGAGGGCAAUCCGAAUGAACGGGGUCAUGCUGAGGAAAAUCAUGGAUUCAGGCAAGCUGGAUUUCUACGAGCACACAAAAGUCUGCUCGAAUACCUGCCGCAGCACCAAAAUCGACCUGACUGGAGCCAGAGUCUCUCUCAGCAGCCAGGCGUCAACGGAGUACAUUCCUCUCACUCCGGCCUCUGCGGAUGUCAAUGGAUCUCCUGCCACAAUCACCAUAGAAACCUGUGAGGAUGCCACUGAGUGGACCACUGCUAUUGGAGAUGAUACCUUUACCUUUUGGCAAGGUCUGAAAGACGCAGGGUUGCUAGAAGAAGUGGUCCAGGAGUUCAGCAUGGAACUAAUGGAAGCCAUGAAAGGCCUGCAGCAAAGAAUUCAGGACCUCCCCUUACAGCUCAGUGAUGCCAUCUUGCUCAACAACACAGUCCAAAACUUUGGUAUGCUAGACCUAGUGAAGAAAGUUUUGGCCAGCCACAAGUGCCAAAUGGACCGUUCCCGAAAGCAGUAUACGCGCGACUUAGCAGCUCUGGAGCAGCAGUGUGACGAGCAUCGCAAGAGAGCGAAGGAGCUGAAGCACAAAUCCCAGCACCUCAACAACGUGCUGAUGACCUUGACGCCCAUUUCCAUCCCCUCCCCUCUGAAGCGCCCUCGGCUGACCCGGGCCACGUCGGGGCCCCCCGCCAUCACCUCCCAAGUCCUGACUCAGUCGGCACAGAUCGCGCUGGCUCCAGGGAUGCCGAUCACCCAGCUGGCCGGCCUGCCCAUCGGCAAAGUGGUCUCUGCUCUCCCGGCAUCUGCUCUCGGAAAGGCCACCGCGCAGGUAACGGCCAGCUCUCCGGCCUCCCCACUGCUGGGCGGAUACACGAUCUUGGCCUCGGCAGGUUCCGCUUUUCCCAGCACGGUCGAAAUCCACCCGGACGCCCCCAACCUCACUGUCUUGAGCACGGCGGCCAUCCAGGACAGCAGCACCGUGGUGAAAGUGGUGAGCCCUUUCCAGCUGCUCACCCUGCCAGGACUGGGCACGGCCAUCCAGAAUGUGACGCAGAUGUCUCCCGGGGGGAGCACUAUCGUGGCAGUGCCGUCCAGCGUGGUUGAAGGUGCCUCAGUGGCAGAGGAGCACACAACCAUCGAGGUCACUACUGUAGCAGAUGAGCCUCAGCAAAAAUGAAAUGCGGACAUUGGCCCGUUUUCUGGGAGUGCUCCGGGCUUACGUGCCCAUCCCUCGGGUGAGAAGAUGACGAAGAAGAGGGUGCUGGGAAAAGAGAGAGAAAACGGAUCGGCUGAUGGCAGGAUAGUGAGGCUGAAAUGAUAAAGUGGAGGAAGGCAGAGAGGGAAAGAGAGAAGAGGAAGGGAGAACGCCACUGAAGGGGCAGGAAAAAGACAUCUGCUCCCUUGGAACCAUUAAAGGCUGUAAUCUCUCCACCCACAGCUUGUUGUAAGCACUGUCCCAUCUCUAGCCAGCUCCGGUGGAUCAAGGAGCACGUAGAAAAACUGAGGCAGCCGAGAUGGGUUUCUGAGAAUAAAACGAUGAGCGGGACCAGGAAAGCCAAAGGAUCAGGCAGCUAGACAGGAAUAGUUUAAAAAUUUCAGGGCAGGCAGAAGAGGGAUUCUGGUUCAGACGGUUGCCUGCGUCUUCCGUUGCGUGGCUGAUAGACUGUUUCUCUGCCGGAAAGGAGGAGGGGAGAGGGAGUCUGGCAUCCGCACUCGGGCGAAAUGUGUACGGAGUCCCCUUCAGUUUGCCAAAGUCGCAGGGAUGGGGAGCAGCAGCUUAAAGACAGGAAAGUCCUGUGUGGGAGGGUAAGGCUUGGAAGGGGGACAGUGUGGCUCCUGUCGUGGUUUGGUGGUGGGCAGACCCAGGUCAUCCACAUUCUCAACUUCCAGCAUCCAUUUGUCGAGCUUCCAGCUUGCAUCUCAGCCCCGGGGAAUUUAAGAGGAAGACCUGGCAAAGCUGCUGAAGGUGGACUGCCCAAGUUCCCGCUGGCUCAGCGGAGGGCUGGUUCAGCCCCGCCUGGCCUGUCCCCUGCAGCUGCCAAGCCUUGUCCCCCGGCAUCAGCACUUAGGCUGGAAAAGCGUAUUUUGCCGAAAAGAAGGGUGAAUGGGAGCUCCUGAUUGUUCCAGCUGACUCGUGGGACUUGAUACCAGGAUUUAAAAAGGAGGGGUCCUUGGGAGAGGAAUCACCUGUCAGAAGCUACAAGGGCUUGGAUUCUUGCAGUGUGAGUUGGCCUAUCGAAAGCAGUGAAAUCAAGUCUCUUGGGUAACAUUAAAAUUUGUUUCCAAAG